UCGUAUCUUGCUGUGAGGAUUAUCAAGGUCUGUCCCGGUCCAACCUACGUAGGAUUUGCUUCUGAAACAAACAUGGGAACAUCGUCAGCUCUGCAACCCUCGUUGUUCCCCUAAACGAGCGAAUCCCCCGAAUGCAUCACGCGUAAAAUUUUCAAGAUCCUUCUCAUCUCUCUCUCCCUCUCUCCGUGCUGAGAAUGAGGUCGAUGGCGACGCGUCUCGUCGUCAGCUUUUGCAAGGUUUGCGAAUAACAGACUUAGACCGCAUUUUGAUCUCGAGCUGAUCGCAGGUCGGUUACCCGACGACUACGGUGUCGGGACUGGGAUACGGAGGCGGCGGCUGCUGCGAUGGCGGUGCGCCUAGGACCCUCAGCCGAAACGAACCGAACCGCCGGAGUUCUAUAAAAGCCGGAGACGCUCAUGCGGGGCGGGACUCGAAAGAGAACGGAGGGUCGCGUAAGGCGAGAUGGCGAAUCCGAUGGGCAGGAUCCUCCUGGGCUCUCUCCUUCGACAUUAUUCUCCUCGCGGUUGCCGAACCGUUUCCGCCGCCGCCGCCGCCGCCGCUUCUUCGCGAGCCUUGUCGUCCGCGAGGAGCCUCUCCCCCGCAGCUGGCGACUUCCGUAGCUCCUCCCUCUCUCUUCCGCGCUCCGCCCGUCCCUCCUCAAGAGCCGGCUCGGGCCCGUUCCCUUCUCACGCUCCUCGCCUGCUUUUGAGCACCGAGGCCUCCUCUUCCGCUGACGAUUCCGAGGAUCUCGACGAGGCCCUGCUUCCUGAUGAAGUGGAAGAAGAUGGAGAACUUACCGUUGAGUGGGAAGAGGAGGAGGAGGCUGAGCCAAAGCUUGGCGAUGGAGCCGAUGGUGGUGGAAUUGUCUUGCAAAAUGUGCCAUGGGGAGAGCAUGCUCUUUCUAUUGCCCGAGAGGUGUUGUCACAUUAUGGUGAUGACAUGAAGCUCUAUGCCUUCAAGACUACACCUCGUGGAUAUAUCUAUGUGAGAAUUGACAACAUGUCUAACAAAUAUGGAUGUCCCAGCAUGGAGGAGAUUGAAAGCUUUAGUAAAGAAUACAAGAAGAGACUAGAUGAAGAUGGGGCACUAGGCAAAAUUCCUGAAAAUUUGGCUCUGGAGGUAUCAUCUCCUGGCGCAGAAAGGUUACUGAAGGUGCCAGAUGACUUGUAUCGAUUCCGUGAGAUGCCAAUGAAUGUAUGCUACGCUGAAGAUGAAGAGCCUCAUUGCCAAGAAAAACGUGGAGUUUUCUUCCUGGACUCUGUUGAAACGGAUUCAGAAACUUGUAUAUGGAGGUUGGCUGAUGUCAAGGAAAACAGGAACCCGCAGAGCAAAGGUAGAGCUUUGAGCCGUAAGCAGAAAGACUGGAGAUUAAAGCUUCCAUAUUCAAUGAGCAGAAGAGUGACCCUCUAUCUUGAUUUUUGAUUUUGACAGCAGCCUAGACAUUUUCUUCUUGUAUAAUGUGAGUAGUUUGCUACCUUUCAUGGAAGAUGUCGAGGACAAAACAUUUCACAGUAUUUUGGGCGGCUCAUCUCUUUUAGUAGAAGAUCUCGUGAAAAGAAGCAUGUAGCGGAAAAUUCUUGAAUCAAACCCUCUGCUCUAGCAGUAUGAACUCGGAAAAUUGGAGACCGAAGCUAAUGGAAAGCAUGAUGCAGGCUCGUGGAAUUGUGUUGAUA